AAGAUCAAAUUGGUUCCUAUUGACCUUCAAAACAGACCCGCUUGGUACAAAGAGAAAGUUUACCAUGUAAACAAGGUAUUGUUUUGUUCCUAUAUAUUUAAGUAUUUGGAUGGACUUGUUUGAUUGUCACUUCUCAUAUUUUGUUCUGAAAACCAUUGAUAUGAGUGAAGAAGUCUUUAUGGUUAACUAAAUAUUUGAUCACUUGGGUCGAAGUUGCAAUCCCGACGAAUGUGUGCUUCCUAUUUUAACUCUUUGAAGGGAAGUUGUUCUCAAUUUUUGCUGAUUGUGUCCUUGUCUCUGUUCUUACGUUCAUCCACAACAAACCUCUUUAUAAUUUUGUGAAUCCUCGCUGUGUUGAAUUCUAUCUCAGUGAUGUUAUAAGCUCAGUCACCAAUAUUGUCGUCACUUGAAAGGCAAUUGUCACCUAAUUUCACAUGCCCUGCCCUUUGCAUUUUUUAUGCAGUAUUGACUUUGGAAUUAAGUUUCUGAGCUUAUGCUUCAAUUUAGUAUGAUAAAAAAUAAAGUGGUUGAGAGGAUGUGGACUUUGUGUUACUAAAUAUAUUCGUUGGCGUGUAAGGUGCUCGGAUGGUGAUAGUAAUGUUAAUGGUAGGGAUAUUUAGAAAUCAGUUGAUUGGAGGGCAAUUUUUCUUUUGUAAUAUGAAACUUAUUCAUACGUCGUGAUGAUUGGGGACCCAUGUGCUGACACUGUUGAAUCAAUUAACCCGAGAAACUUGAUUAUGAGUCCUCGUCCUCCCGAUAAUUAGCUUUAUCAUCCGUUGAAUUCUUUUUCUUAAAUUGUAGCGAAUAUUUCCUCUCUGAAUCACCAUCUUGGCUAUUAUUGAUGAAUUUAUUUUGGCAAUAACUGCUUGUAGAUCCUUUUCGCAUGUUCAUCCAAGCAUUUGAGUAAUUUUAGCAUAAGGAGCAUAAAACCUUAUUCAGAUGCAUGAUCUUCCCUUGGUGUUCAUUCCUGACUUUUCCUUUUCUACAGGUUCCAGCUUUGGAACAUGAGAACAAAAUCAUUGGAGAAAGUUUAGAUAUAAUCAAAUAUGUAGACAGUCACUUUGAAGGACCUGCACUUUUACCAGAUGACCCCGCCAAAAAAGAGUUUGCUGAAGAGCUUAUAUCCUACUCUGAUACAUUUGUCAAAGGAGUGUUUACUUCAUUUAAAGGAGACGCAGUGAAAGAAGCUGGUGCUGCUUUUGAUUACUUGGAAACAGCUCUUCAUAAAUUUGAUGAUGGGCCUUUCUUCCUCGGCCAAAAAUUCAGUCUGGUGGACAUUGUCUAUGCUCCUUUCCUUGAAAGGCAUCAAAUCUUCUUCCAAGAUGUUUGGAGCUAUGAUAUCAGGUCAGGCAGGCCUAAAAUUGCGGCAUUCAUGGAGGAGAUGAACAAGAUUGGCGCUUACACGCAGACAAAAUGUGAUCCCAAACUGCUUGUUGAGGCCUACAAGCGCAUGUUUUUGGUAAAUCCCUAUUGUCCUAAUGUCGGGCUUUCUUCUCUUGAAGAAGGCAGAUUAAGAGUGCUAACUCUUUGGCUAUAUUUUGCUUCCCUGCAGGCUCAGAAGUAA